AUGACAGACACAAAUAAGCAAAGGCCCCCAGUCCCCAGCAGCUCAUUUGUUCCGGACCAAGGUGGCGACCCGAUAAAGCAUGGAGCAGGGGGUGCUAAGAAUCCCUGGGUUCGGACAGGACACCAAUGGAAACUGAACAUUGCAACCUAUAACGUAAGAUCACUACUUCAAGAAGAGAGACUACUGGAACUCGAGGAAGAACUACAAGGAAUAAAGUGGGACAUCGUCGGACUGGGUGAAGUCCGCAGACGAGGAGAAGAACUCACAGUACUGAAAAGUGGGCACCAUUUCUACCAUAUAGGAAAGAAGAAUACGAGUGAAGCAGGAGGGCACAAGCGAGACCUAAAGAACUACAGACCCAUCAGCCUCCUCUCAAACCUGUAUAAGCUGUACACAAAAAUCAUCACCAACCGGCUAGAGAAAAUCCUUGGUAACAACCACCCAAGGGAGCAGGCAGGCUUCAGAAGGGGUUUCUCAACUAUGGACCACAUCCACACCAUUAAUCAACUGAAAGAAAAAUGCCAAGAGUUCAACAUCCCUCUAUGCGUAGCAUUAGUAGACUACGAAAAGGCAUUUGAUUCCGUAGAAACCUAUGCAUUACUGAAGGCACUUCAAGACCAAGGAAUCAACAAAGUAUACAUCGAAAUCCUUAAAGACAUUUAUUCAGACUGCUACAACACUGUCAGAAUGCACAAGGCCAGCAACAAAACCAUGAUAAGGAAGGGAGUUAGACAGGGAGACACCGGCUCACCAAAAUUCUUCACUGCUUGCCUAGAGAGCAUCUUCAAAACAUUGGACUGGUCAUCAAAGGGAAUCAACAUAAACGGGGAAAACAUGAGUCACUUAAGAUUUGCAGACGAUAUUGUCAUCACAUCUCACAACUUAAACGACCUCGAAAUAAUGCUGCAAGCACUGGACGAUGCAAGCUGA